CCAGCCUCUCCAAUUGUCUGACCCUAGACGUACCUUGAGGUAAAGGGUCAAGUGGAAGCUGAGACUUCCUGUCGUUCUGGUAGCUUUUGAUCGUUCUUGAGCAUAGGCCACUGGCUGCCCGUUGCUAUCAUACAGACACGUCUUUCCACAGCCCUCACGGUCCAGGUUCGCUGGCUAGAAAUCUCGCAUUGGUCUGGUCUGCUCCUUUACCAAAGCGCAAGCACCGUCGAUACGAGUAACUGCUUCGCCCGCCACCUCUCUUAACUGGAUCGAACAUAUUGCUAAGUCCAACAGCCGUCACCUACGCACGGUUGGAUCACCAUACGACCCAACGUCGGAGGACAGUGUUCUUUCUUCAAGAUCCGACAUUCGGCCAUAAAGCAUAACGCACACACACCCCCCCGCCGCCACAAUGGGCUUCUGGAACGACGGCAUACGGGACCGCAGUCGCAGUCCCUCCCGAAAAGUAUACUACGCCUCGCGCCCGACGUACUCUCGCUCCGCAUCCUCCUUCUUCUCCUCCUUCACCGGCGGUGGCUCGUCCCGCGGCCACCAUUCUUCUCGCGCCCGGCCCCGAUCGGGGUUCAUCAACCGCAUACGCCGCUUCCUGCGCGAGAUCUACUCGUACAUGCGCCGGCACCCGCUCAAGGUCUUCCUCCUCGUCAUCAUGCCGUUGAUCACGGGCGGGGCGUUGGCCAAGUUGCUGGCGCAGGUCGGCAUCAGACUUCCGCCCGGCAUACACAGGAUGAUGGGUGGCGCCACCACGAGGCAAACGUCCGAACGGUACUACGCCAGAGGCGGCGCGAGGGAUUUCGACGGGGGGACGGCCUUGCCCGGUAUGAGCGGUGGCAUGGGUGAGAGCAUUUCGAGUUUGAUGGGUAUCGCGAAGAUGUUCAUCUGAGCAGGGAGCAGGAAGGGCCACCGGGGUAUAUAUAUCGUGGAGGGAUUGUUCAUGUCAUAUUCAUCAAAAGCUUGAGCGAGCCUUGAAAUCAUCAGCAUUAUCUUCAGUAACGAAUCACGAUCACAAAUGCAUACAGAUCAAAACACACAAGGGUCAAGUCAGUCAUUGAGGGUAUUCUAUUCAUGACAUUAUUUUCU